AAGAGAAGGAAAAGGAAAAGGGGCAGGGAUGUUGACUUUGCUUUGACUCUUUGGCGCGGGGGAAAAAGUAGCCGGGCUCACCAUCCAUCACUAAUAUAAGUACGAGUGAGUGACGCCUAACACCAUUAAUUUACUUGCAAGAGAGAUCAGAUGACUUCUACGGGCGAUCGGAGACGCGACGACGCCGGCAGCAGCGGCUUGGUGGCCGGAACCCGGUUCUUCAAGAUCAUCCUUCAGAGCACGCUUCGCGACAGAAAGCUCCUGAUUCCUGGUAAAUUCGUCGGAAACGGCGACGAGGGUUUGCCGAAAUCCGCAAUCUUGAAGGUGCCAAGUGGCGCGACGUGGGCGGUGGAUGUGGUUAGGGACGAAAUCGGGGUCUGGUUCAGCAAUGGAUGGGGGGAAUUCGCGGAGUUCCACUCGUUGGAAUUUGGGCAUUUCUUGGUUUUCGAGUACGAGGGUUGCUCCAGAUUCUCCGUAGUCAUAUGUGAUAAGACUGCUGUUGAGAUUGCUUACCCGAUUCCCAGAACUUGUGAAGCAAAUGUUGGAGGAAUUGAGGAUUGCUUUGAUACCCGCAUGAGAAAGAAGUCGAAAACCCUAAUUGAGGUUUCUCAGCGUCAAGUUCAGAGCAAGAAGAAGAUGAGGAUGAGGGGUAGUAUUUCUGAUGGAAUACCAGAAUCAAGGAGGGCAAGCUCGAUCAGUCCAAGCUUCUUCAUUACCAUAAGUCAAUACAUGGAGAAAUAUGCAGUAAACUGUGCCGAUUGAUUUUGUGAUCAAACACAUGAAGCUUGAGAAAAGCACUGUGAUGGUUUAUGGGGAAGAUGGCUUGGGCCCGUGGUGCUUGUCCUUCGUCUUUAGACCAGACAGUAAACCUCGAAAGGGACGUGGACGGGGCUUCUUCUGUGGCGGUUGGUCAACAUUCUGUAAUGGCAACUCUCUGAAACUAGGGGAUGUCUGCCGAUUCAAGCUCAUCUCCAGCAAUAAGAUGGAAGUGACUAUUCAGAGGAAUCAAGUUGAUGUGCUGUGUUAGUUGUCGCUUUUUGUGUGUUUAGGAGUGACGAUGCAGAUGAGAGUAGGAGACUACUAGUUUGUAGCUGAGGGAACUAAUUCGUAAGAGAAUGUGUUUAAUUAGAUUCUGCCUGUUGUUUGUUGUGUUCUUUGGAAUACUGUUCCUCUUUAUGCUUUGCUUGGGUUGAAAUUUUGCACCAGGGAAGAAAACUUAUUAAUGCUUCAUGAGGAUGCAGGACUUUUGUCUGCCAUGCC